AUGGGGAGAAUUAAGAAGGUAGCCAGCCAAAAGCAUGAGGCUACAAUCUCACCUUUCCUACAAGAAUUCAUAGGACGCAUUACUAGUGUUCCAGUUCCAGAGCUCCCAUCCCUCCUCAGCACAUUCCCCAAGCUAUGGCCGUUUCCACGCGGUGAUCUUUACCACUGGAUCAAUGUCUUGGACCGGUUCGACGAGAUCCUGGCCUCGGCCAUCGACAAAUACUUCUUGAACACUGGUCCUCAGACUCAAUUACUCACCCGAAGCGUUCUGGAGCAGUCAUACUUGGCCGACGAAGCCACGAAGCCUGUAGAGGGCAUUGAUGCCAAGUUGAACACUCUAGGAUAUGGACCGGAUGGAGACCGAGAACUUCUGGAAGCCAUUUUAGACUUCUCUCGUCUCUUACUUGAGAAGUGCGGCAACCGUAGCCUCUACAGCAGCAGUGAUCGUCUCGGCGAUCUUCUGAACACAACCUCACUGUCUCUGCUCCAGUCCACAUUGCGCCUGGCUCUGUGCUUGGCCCAACGCUACCACUCUCGUCAGCGUGGCGCCCAUCAACAGUCCGUUUUGCAAUCCCAUUAUGCUCUUGACUUGGAGAAGUUGCAAAAAAUCGCAGCACCAUUCCCACGCCCUGUUAUCGCCAGCAAAGCGCCCUUUGCCUCUUCUCCAGCAGUCUCUACCCAGGGCAAAGACCAGACAAUACAGACCAAAAUCAAUGCGAAUGAGCUCAUCUCUCUGGUGCGUGAUUCAGACGGCUGGGAGGAAUGGGGCGAUGUUCGUGUUCUCUAUUACCCCUCAGGCCCCGACCAAGCGAGAACGACCUCCGAACAUGGCCAGCCGGAGCAGAGCUUGCAUGCUCCAACCACUCCGACUCCACUGCGACGAACUGCGACCCACCCUGCUUCUAACUUAGGUCGUGGCUCGAAUGCAGACGACUCCCCACUCGCAACUCCCUCAAAGUCUGGAGAAGCAUCGCGCGGUGGCACGAUUCUGGAAAUUUCCCACUCCAAGGUUUCUUCUGCGAGUUUGGAGGCUCUCCUCGAGGUCAAUCUGCCUCAUCUUCCCCUUGAGUCGAAAUACGAGUUACUUCACAAGCUGCGAGUUGCCAAGGCCCUUACUGGUUCACGCGCCACUAGAGAACAGAUCCUUUCCAUCAAGGCUCUGGCAGUGACCAACUUGGCUCAUGUUCAGCCGGAGAGCUCAUUCCAACAGAAAGUUCUCCAAUCUGACCUGGAGCAGCCAAAGCGUCUUCAGCUUGCGUUCCAGCUUGCUGAACUAGUCCAUCUCGGCGCUAGUGGCGACUUGGAAGUCUCUCGACCAGUACAGACAUUUGCCCUCCAGACGCUGGAUGCUUUGGCUAAGCACAAGUCUCGAGCUGUAGAUGUUUGUGCAGCCUUGAGUGUCAAUGUCAACCACGGAGUUCUCAUGUUCCUGACCCGUAAAAUGGUCAAUGAACUGGGCUCGGAGAAUGAGGAUGCAGACGAGGCCUAUCAAGACGAGUGGCGGGAUAGUUUGCUUGCGCUCUUGCGUACUCUACCAAGCUCUAGCACACGUACCCCGGAGACCCUUGUUGCGGCUGGCCUGAUCCCCAUGUUUGUUGAUAUCUUGAACUUGAGGACCAGUAAAUCUCGCCGGGUCUACUCUCGUGUUAUGGAAUUCCUCGAUACAUUUGUGCAUGCCGUUCGGGACGCAUUAGGAACACUUACCGCAGCAAAGGGCUUCGAUGCCAUGUCUGAUCUGAUUGACAAUGAGACUAAGACCGCCUUUGAGAAAGUCAACCGCGGAGAAGGAUUCCCUGCACAAUACAAGAAUCCCUCCGUCGACUACCAAAUUCCUUACUUCCAACAACAGACUUUGCGUUGGAUGUUCCGCUUCGUCAACCACAUCAUGCAGCAUAAUGGUGGAGGCUUCGACCGUGUUUUACGAAACCUGAUCGAUUCACCUCAGCUGCUCACUUCUCUCCGCCUGGUAUUUGAGAAUGCUCGUGUGUUCGGAUCGCAUGUCUGGAGUAAUGCCGUCAACAUUCUCAGCAGCUUCAUCCACAACGAGCCGACCAGCUAUGCUGUCAUUGCCGAAGCUGGCCUUAGCAAGAGUCUUCUAGCUGCCGUUAUGGGCCGUGAACUCCAGGUCUCAGAAAAGCCGCCAGCAGUAGAGCCCGAAGGCGCCGGCUCGCAAGAGGAAUCUGCCUCUCAGCCGCCAUCUGCCGAAGCCGCCUCUGAAUCCGAAGGGAAGAAGAAAGGCCGCGAGUAUUAUCUCAUUAGAGCCAAAAAUACCCCUCUCGCGCCCGGGAUCAUGGCUGCAGGUGAUGCCCUUGCUUGCAUUCCUUCGGCGUUCGGAGCAAUUUGUUUGAACUCCUCCGGUCUGGAUCUUUUCCAGUCCUCUGACGCCCUGGAAUGCUUCUUUGAGAUCUUCGAAAACCCAGAGCACGUCAAAGCCCUGAAAGAUGACCCUGAACUGGUACGCUCUUUGGGUACGACGUUCGAUGAGCUUGUGCGACACCAUCCAGCACUGAAGACCUCCAUCAUGUCUGCCGUGCUUGUGAUGGCUGCCCGUGUUAACGUUCUUGGUCGGAUCAAGGCAUGGGAGCAGGGCAUGGGCACUAAAAUGUGGACCCAAGAUGGCGAUGGUAAAACCAAUCUCUCUGGAGAUAUCUAUUCUCUGUUCCGCGAAAUCGGCACAGAUGCUGCAGCAUCCAUAGAUGAUCCUUCAUCAAUUGGUGUACCCGACCUCAACGCGAACAACGCUCUCCCCAACGGCGGAACGCUUGUCGUUGGUCACCUAGAUCAUGUUCUCCCUGCCCCAGGUCCCGAUUUUGAGCCUAAGGACACGGAUGACCAUGGAUUGUCGGCUACGGACUACCUGUUCCCCGCCUUACGUUUCCUUGGGGCUUUCUUCGAGAACCAGACUAAUUGCGGUUCUUUCAUUCAAGCCGGCGGCGCGGAGUUCAUUUUGGAUCUUGCAACUCUCCAAAGCUUAUCCUUCGAUUUCCACAGCACCAACGCGAACCAGGAAAUCACUGUGCUCGUUCACAUGAUGGCGGAAACAAAGCCUCAUCUCAUUGUUCCGUCUCUUGUCAAGCGAGCCCAGGAUGCGUUGAACAAUCUCUCACCAUUCUUCCAUGCACCGACAAAGACAGGCUUCUUUACCGAGUUUAUCAAACCAGCAGACUCGAAAAUGCCCGCCAUUGAGGCUACUCCUGCCGUUAGCUCUGGCACAUUCUUUUUGAGACACCUCAACGCAGUUUUGCUUCUUACAGAUGUACUUCGUGAGGUUUUUGCAUUGCCAUUGUAUCAAACUCGACCUGGUCAGUCAACAUCUAUUUUCGGCCAGGUCAACCUUGCGGACCAAUACUGCACCUUGAUUGAGUCAUUGAGCAACCUCCUCGCUUCGUGCGUCUGGGAAGGUAUCUUGCUCGAGAAGAACAUCCCCGAGCAGUGGCUCAAAGCUACACAGGCCUCCGCCGAGAAGCAAGACCCUGGAAAGCCAAAGACUGGACCUACCGCAGAGGUUCCUCGUGAACCAUCCUCAACGCCGGGCGCUCACCCUCAAGGGGAAAGCUCCGGGGCACCUGACGCUGCCCAGGUCAAAGCAGGCCAGGAACCAAAGGAAGCCGAUACCCCCGUGGAUGAGGAGAAUCCUGCCUUCAAAAAUGCUCGGACUCUUCGAUAUCUCCUGAGUGCUCUUCCAACCACGAUCACUGGAUUUUUGCACAAUCUUGGCCUUGGCAUUAUUGGCAAGAGACGCAUUGAUCCUCUUGCGAAGCAGAAGCAAAAUGCUGCUUUAGUUGCAGAUGCUAUCGCUGAAGGUGUCCUUCGGCAGUUGCAGUUCACCCCUGCUAAUUCCAGUGACAGCCCCAAGCAUCGCUUUGCCUAUCUGAUUGUCAUUCUUUCCCACUUCUCGCACCUCCUCUAUGAGGUCUCACCAGAUCGCCCCAACGCAAACUACUUGACUACGGUUCUGCUGGCAUUCAAGAAGAUCGAUGGGCUGAAAUUGUUGAAGGAUACUUGUGACGUCUUCUUGAACGAUAUUCGGUCUCUCCCAUCUGCCGAGUCCAUCCCCGAUCAAGAUAAGGAGCUUGCUGAUCGGCUUGCAUCUGGCUAUGGUGGAAUCAAGAUAAUUCUUGGUCUCUUCGCAGAUCUCACGUGCGGCAAAUUCAUCGUGGACUCAAGCCAGACACAAGCAUUGACCUCGCACAAUGAGCGUGACCGUGAACGUUCUGAUUAUUUCAUGCCUGGCCAAUUCUUGUUGGAACUCCGCAUGGAAAUCUUACCCAUGGCUCAAGACUUGUGGAACUCGGACUUUGCCAUUCAAUCUUCGAGCACCAUUGUCAGAUUAUUGAUAGACAUCUUACGUUGUACCUUAGACGGUGAAUACGAGACUGGCGCUGCUAAAAGAUCGGACCCCCCUUCUCUCCUGCGGGAUGGGCCCAAAAAACCAUUUACUGUCCACAAAGAGCGGGCCGCUUCUCUACUCGAGAAGGGACUCAAAGAUGUUGAUCUGAACAAAGAAGCCCUUUAUCGUUGCAACAACGUUUUGAACGCGGCUGAGGAAUACUGCAGGGCACAGGAGUGGCUGCGAGCCCCACCCAGAGCUCCUCCCCCGGCCAACGAUCUCCAGACCGGUGUGCCGGAACCCGCCUCAGGCAUGGAUUCCCUUGAAGAUACAGGCAUUGAGGGCACGCCCUUCGUCAAUUCUGCCACCGGUGCGCUGGACCGCAGCACCCUGGCGAUGCUUCUGUCUUCGGCUACCGGAAAUCCCAUUGGUCAGGUGAUGCAACCAGACCAGGCUGGCGGAGACGGGGACUCUGACAUGCAUGAUGGGUUGGCCAGAGCCUUAGAUAAUGUUCUCAACGACAACGAGGAUAUGGAUAGUGAUGACCGAAGCGAAUCCCCCAGUCAAGCCCAGCCUGACAACUCAAACAUCGAAUCAAGCUCAUCUGAUCUUGCGAGACCACCACAGGGUGAACCUGGUAAACACCGAGUGAUGGCAACGGUGGAAGACCUCGAUGAGAAGAGGGCCGACAUUCGAGAGAACCUGAUUGAGCGGGCCCUGGAUAUCUUGAAUGAACACCAUGAUGUCUCUUUCGAACUGUCCGACUUGAUCACGUCAGCUAUCAAGAGGCACCACGAACCGGAAACAUUCCGCCGUGACAUUGGAGAGACUCUUGUUCAGUCGCUUGUCUCUUUGCAAAUGGAGAAUUUCCAGACAGCCGGAAAGAAGAUUGCUGCCUAUGCUCAUAUUCUUGCGCUGACUCUCCAAGAUCGUGAAAUGUACGAUGCAACCCUCGAAGAGCUGAAGGACUGCUUUUCGACUUUCCUAGGGUUCAUCAAGUUGCCUCCGCCCGAAAAAGCUGACCAAGAGACCUUCCCUUGGGUUGGACAUGUUCUACUUAUCCUUGAGAAAUUGCUUUCUGAUGAUUGCCAACCACCCAAGAUUGAAUGGACCCCACCAACCCUCGACGGGCCUACUCCUAGUGCCGACGAGCCGGCUCGCCUCGGAGAUCCUCUUGUCUCUCUCGACGAGAAGACCCAACUAUUUGAAGCUUUAGUCGAGAUUCUCCCCAGAGUGGGCAAAGAUGACACUCUGGCGCUCUCCAUGUGUCGUGUUCUUGUCAUCCUUACUCGUCAGCGUAGCAUUGCCGCUCGCUUUGGCGAAAAGCGCAAUCUCCAACGGUUGUUCGUGAUGGUGAAGCAGCUCUCCAGUGCGGCCAAUGACAAAAUGCGAAGUGCUUUCAUGCUGAUUCUUCGUCACAUUGUCGAAGACGAAGCAACUAUUCGCCAGAUCAUGAGGAGUGAGAUUGUUGCCAGUUUCGAGUCCAAGACUUCUCGCCAGAUUGACACCAAUGGCUACAUUCGCCAAAUGUAUCAUCUCGUGCUCCGAGCCCCCGAUAUCUUCGUGGAAGUGACUAAUGAAAAGCUUCGCUUGCUCCGAUAUGACACCCACCAGCGCCCACAAGUUCUUGGACUGAAGGCAGACAAGGAUCGCCAGGCUCGGCGCGCAGCCAAGCCCGAAGCCACUGCGGACGACGGCAAUCCAGAGUCAACUACCACAGCUGAGGUGUCCGCGCCCGAUGAAAAGGAACAGAGCAGCGAGGACAAGACCAAAGCUCAACCCAAGGCUGCCGAAAUGAAAGCCCCCAUUGUUGAGAACCCAGACGGUGUCAUUCAUUAUCUGCUUUCGGAGCUUCUAUCCUACAAGGAGGUCGAUGACAAAGAGCCGAGCCUUGACUUUGAUAAGACGACGGACCAGUCCAGUGCACAAUCCGAUGUUGAAAUGACAAUGGAUGAGCCUACUCCCCCAGCCUCAAGUGCCGCUGAUGGACAGACUGCCCAAGGUUCCAAGAAGGCAGAAAAGCCCCAGUUCAAGGCAGAUGAUCACCCCAUCUACAUCUACCGCUGCUUGCUUCUCCAGUGCCUGACUGAACUUCUUUCCUCUUACAAUCGUACUAAAGUCGAGUUCAUCAACUUCUCUCGCAAGGCUGAUCCGCUUGCCACCACCCCUUCCAAGCCACGCUCUGGUGUUCUCAACUAUUUGUUGAACGUCCUUGUUCCCCUUGGAACUAUGGAUCAUGAUGAGUCUCUAGCAUUCAAGAAGCGUAGCAUCACCUCAACAUGGACUAUGCAAGUGCUUGUUGCUCUUUGCACCAAGACUGGCGAGUUUGGCGGUGUCGGUAGACGCCGCACCGAACCAAAGCACGAGGAGGAUGAGCCCGAACUUGCAUUCGUCCGCCGAUUCGUUCUCGAGCAUGCCCUCAGGUCUUACAAGGAUGCCAUGGCUUCCAGCGAGCCUCUGGAUGUCAAAUACUCCAAGCUCAUGUCACUUGCGGAUUUGUUCGAUAAGAUGCUCAGUGGCUACUCCUUUACCAACGACGCAGGCUUCCCAACAUCAACCCGGCAACUUGCGAAGACUAUGUUUGAGAAGCUAUUCAUUCCCACGCUCACCGCAUCUGUUGCUGAUGUUGACCUGAACUUCCCGUCAGCAAAGCGCGUUAUCAAGUAUAUUCUUCGUCCUUUGAACAAACUUACCCAAACUGCCGUUCUUCUCAGUGAGAAUUCCGACAUCUCAACUCCAGGCGACAACGAGCAUGAUGAGAUCUCCUCGGCAUCCUCUGUCUCCGGAAUUGAAGAUGAACGCGAAGAGACCCCUGAUCUCUUCCGUCAUUCCACUCUUGGAUUGCUCGAACCUCGUCACGAUGAAGAAGAGAGCAGCACGGAGGAGUCGGAAGGAGAGGAUGAUGAAAUGUACGACGACGAAUACGACGAAGAAAUGUAUGAUGACGAGGAUGUUCCCGAAGACGAUGGCGAGGUCGUCAGCGACGAAGAUGACGACGGCAUGGGCCCCAUCGAGGGUCUUUCUGGUGAUGCAGUCGAAGUCAUUCUGGACGAAGAUGAAGACGACGAUGACGACGACGAGGAACACGAUCAUCUAGACAUGGACGAUGACAUGUAUUCUGGAGAAAUUGGUGGUGAUCGUGACAACGAAAGUCUUGAAGAUGGUGACGAAGGCGAAUGGGAAAGUGAGGAAGUCACCGAAGACGAAGAGGAAGUCGAGAUGAUGAAUCAAUUCGAGGACGAAAUGGCCGAUAUCAGACAAACCAGUCGCCACCAUGGCGGAGAUCAUCAUAUCGGUGACCUCUUCCGUGCCCUUGGCGAAAGUGGCCCAGCUGGUGUUGACCUUCAUGGUGAUGCUCUUGGUGGUGAUAUCCAUGAAGAAAUUCUCGAUGAUCUAGAUGAAGACGGUUCGUCACUUCGAAACCUCGCAAGAUACUCUCAGUCCCCCUCGCUAACGUCUAAUUUAGUUGACGACGAAGAUGAAAUGGAUGAACUCGAGGAAGAUAUGGACGACUUUGAUGAGGGAGAAGGAUCAUUCGGGGAUAUGGACGAUGAGGAUCUCCUUGAGCCAUGGGGAUGGGAAGGCGAGGAACCCCCCAUGCCCCGAGGCCAUGCCCACUCUCGUUUCCGUGGUACUGCUCCAGCUUGGGCUGCUGUCACAGAAAUUAUGCCUGGUCGCCCUGCUGGUCUUGUUCCCAUUCAACCCUAUCACCGUGUUCACCGUACUCAGCUGCCAUCGCGUGGCGGAAACGAUGAUGGUACCAACCCGCUGCUGGUUCGUUCUGAUCGCCCAGAUGCCGCUGCUCCACCAGGCGGAGCCGCCAUUGACCCCAUCGCCGGUUGGCCCCAAGCUAUGGAUCUCUCCAACGGUAGUCGGGUUGUGGCAAUGGAUAGCCCCAUCAGCUUCAUGAAUGCCAUUAUGCAAGCUAUCGGUGGACAGGCCGCACCAGGAUUCGGCGUUGUCACACGCCCCGACGGUAUCCACGUCCAUGUUGAUCGACACACAGUCUUACCCGGUCGCAUUCAGGAUAUGCUUGGAAUUCCUCGAGGAUCAGGCCCUCCAACCCGUACUCGAGGUGACGACCCGCAUACCGCCGUGAAGUUCGGUCUUUCGACUACGAAGAACCGCUGGCAAGAAGAGGCUCGCAUUCUCUACAGUAACCAAUACAUCGAGCGUGCUCAGCGUGUUCUCACCUCUUUGCUCAAGAAUCUACUCCCCCCUGCCAUCGAGGAGGAGAAGAAACGUCUGAAGGAAGCUGCCGAGGAACGUGCCCGCCAAAAUGCCGAGCGUGCCGAGAAGGAACGCGUGGAACGCAUUGCCGCCGAGGAGAAGGAGAAGGAGCGCAAGCAGAAAGAAGAAGAGGAAAAGGCUAGACUUCAGGCAGAAAAAGAGCAGCAGGAAGCUGAACGUCAGGCUGCCGGGGCCGAUGAGCCCAUGGGAGACGUCCCAGAAGAUGACACUGCAUCCGAGGCCGGUGGUCCAUCAGCUCAAUCACAGGCUGAACCAGCUGAACCAGCUCCUCGGAUCCACACAGACAUCAGAGGCCGACAAGUCGAUAUCACUGAUCUUGACAUUGACCCAGAAUAUCUGGCCGCCCUUCCAGAGGAGCUUCGAGAGGAGGUCAUUAUGACCCAAGUUGCCGAGCAACGCUCUCAAGCUGCUGCUGCGGGCGAGGAGCCUACCGAGAUCAACCAAGAGUUCCUCGAAGCCUUGCCUGCUGAAAUUCGGGAAGAGCUACUUCAACAGGAAGCAGCCGAUAGACGUCGACGUGAACGUGAAGUUGCUCGGCGGCAGGCAGCCUCUGCUGGCGGGCCUAGCGCAGGUCCUCCAGCACAUGCAGAAGAAAUGGAUGCGGCGAGCUUCCUGGCCACUCUUGACCCAAGUUUGCGCCAGGCCGUUCUAGCCGACCAACCGGAGGAUGUUCUUGCAACUUUGGGCCCAGAGUACUUGACUGAAGCUCGUGCUGUAGGUGGCACCGGUCGCCGCAUGGCUCAAUUUGGUGAUAUGAGUGCUGUUGACCCAAGACGAUCCGAGCCUGCUGGAGGCCAAUCGUCGAAGAAAGAACGACGCCAAAUUGUUCAGAUGCUUGACAAGGCUGGCAUUGCAACUCUUCUCCGUUUGAUGUUCAUGCCUCUCCAUGGCAACGCUCGUCACCAGCUGAACGACAUCCUUCACAAUGUCUGUGAGAACCGUCAGAACCGAAGCGAAGUCAUCAGCCUUCUGCUCUCAGUUUUGCAGGAUGGUAGCGUUGAUUCCACUGCAAUUGAGCGCAGCUUCUCCCAUCUUUCCUUGCGUGCAAAAUCCUCUGGGUCCCAGAAAACACCACUUUCUAACAAGCGAAAUAUGCCUCUUCAAUCUGCUUCCAGCGUCAGCAGCGAAAUCACCCCAAUCAUGGUUAUCCAGCAAUGUCUCAACACACUGUCUUUCCUGUCACAGUUCAACCCUCACAUUGCCUGGUUCUUCCUAACGGAGCAUGACUCCUCUUCGGCUGCCAAGCUCAAGGGAAUGCGCAAGGGCAAGGGCAAAGAAAACCGAGCCAACAAGUAUGCCUUGAAUGCACUACUCUCUCUUCUAGAUCGCAAGUUGAUUAUGGAGAGUCCGAACUGCAUGGAGCAACUGUCUAGCCUUCUCAGCAGCAUCACUCAGCCACUGACUGUUCUCCUUCGUCGUGAAAAGGAGCGCCAAGAAGAGGCCGACAAGGGUAAAAAGCCUGAGGGUGCUGAAGUCGAAGAAAAUAAUGAUCAGCCUUCCGAAGCUCCCGAUACGGCCAUGGACACCUCCAUGACUGAUGCCCCGCUGCCUACCGUGGAGACCUCUGAGACCACAGGCCAAGAGACUACUGAGACGGAGGACGCAUCUGCCGAGAACAAGAAGCCCACUGAUCCAAAGGAGCCCGCCGAGGAGGAGAAGCGCAAAAAGCGUACCAUCGAGCCCCCCGUGGUUCCGGACCACAAUUUCCGCCUUGUUGUCCAUAUUCUCGCCGCUCGCGAGUGUAAUGGAAAAACUUUCCGCGAUACCCUUUCUACUAUCAACAACCUUUCCGCCGUCCCGGGGGCUCGCGACGUUAUCGGCAACGAACUCGUCGCCCAGGCCCAGGCUCUCAGUGAUACUAUCUUGCAGGAUCUAGAGGACCUUCUUCCUCACAUCAACCAGGCCAAGACGGGUACCGAUAUGCAAGGUCUUGCUCUCGCCAAGUUCUCCCCCGCCAGCUCAGACCAGGCUAAGCUUUUGCGUGUUCUGACGGCACUGGAUUAUUUGUUUGACCCAGCCCGAGUGGACAAGACUAAGGGCACUGAGCCAGAGUCCGCUCCCAAAGAGGACGUGCUCAAGAGGCUUUAUGAGAGUGCCACAUUCGGUCCACUUUGGACUAAGCUGAGUGACUGCCUAACCGCUAUUCGCCAGAAGGAGAACAUGCUGAACGUGGCCACCAUUCUUCUUCCCCUAACCGAGGCCUUGAUGGUUGUCUGCAAGAACACAACUCUGAAGGACCAACCCCUGUCUCGCGGCAGCCGUGAGUUGUCUGUGACCAGCGCCCCGGCUGAAACUGGUAUUAGCAUGGAGAAUCUUUUCUUCAAGUUCACCGAGGAACAUCGCAAGAUUCUCAAUGAGCUUGUACGCCAAAAUCCCCGCCUGAUGAGCGGUACCUUCUCCCUGCUCGUCAAGAACCCCAAGGUGCUGGAAUUCGAUAACAAGCGCAACUACUUCACCCGUCGUGUCCAUUCGCGUGGUGCUGAGCCUCGCCAUCCCCACCCUCCACUCCAGCUCUCUGUUCGUAGGUCCGAGGUUUUCCUCGACUCCUUCAAGUCUCUCUACUUCAAGAGCGCAGAGGAGUUGAAACAUGGCAAACUGAACGUUCGAUUCCACGGCGAGGAGGGUGUUGAUGCCGGUGGUGUCACCAGAGAAUGGUUCCAAGUUCUUGCCAGAGGCAUGUUCAAUCCCAACUACGCUCUCUUCAUUCCUGUGGCUGCCGACCGGACUACCUUCCACCCCAACCGUCUCAGUGGCGUCAACGCGGAACAUCACCUGUUCUUCAAGUUCAUCGGUCGCAUCAUUGGUAAGGCUUUUCUACAAAAACAUUCUUGGGCGUUCCGUUUCUAUCAAGGACAUGGAGACGCUCGAUUUGGACUACUACAAAUCGCUCUUGUGGAUGUUGGAGAACGACAUCACUGA